AUUUUUACGUUCUUUCCUACCCCGGCUGCCUUUACACUGGUACCUACCUAAAACUAUGAAUCGAGUUCACGGUCGAUUUUAUUUAUUAUCAGCCGGUUCGACAGCCUGCCCGACCGCUUGCUGCGUCAGUGCAGCAGCUGCUGUACUUCCUUUCCAAGGUUCACGGGCACCCUUCUAUGUCCUAAUCUGAUUCACGCCUACACGACGACAAUCAUCUUUACACGCCUUGAACGAAAGCACUAAUAAUUAGUUUUUGUAUUACGUGUGUAGUGUACGGCUGACAAUAAUCUUAAUACCUGUCGGGUAUCGUCUCUUCGCUAAAUACUAAAAUAUUUGUAGUUUCACCCAACACGAGUCAUGGAGUUCAAGUUUAGUAUAAAGAAUGUGGCCACCGAAGAAGUGAUGAAGAUAGACAACACGCUAACCGCUUUCGGACACGAACAAAAUGACGACUUGAAAGACAAAAUGAAAUUGAUCAUCGAUGAGAUGGGCAAAGCUUCGGCUGUCGCUCAAGAAUUGAAGUUGCCUGUUACCAGCGCCGACAAACUGGCCAAUUCUGAUCAUAUUCUCUACUUGAUGACUGAACACGAUAAACCAGAACAUUUCAGUGUUGUUGGGAUUUUGAAGAUGGGAUGGAAAAAAUUAUACCUUUAUAACAAAGAAGGCUCGCGGUCAGAAGCGAUGGUUUACUGUUUAUUAGAUUUCUACAUACACGAGUCAAAACAGCGUAAAGGCUAUGGAAAACGUUUGAUCGAAUGCAUGUUACAGGAUAUAAAUUUAGAUGCCAAACAUUUAGCUAUUGACAAACCAACUAAAAAAUUAUUGCAGUUUAUGUGGAAGCAUUUUCAAUUAUCUAAAUUGGUCAAUCAAGGAAAUAAUUUUGUAAUAUAUGAGGAAUUUUUUGAUGAUGCGUCUGACGAUAAGAAUCAUGAUAAUAGUGGACAUAGAGCUGUAGCAUAUAAACGGCAGCCAAUGUUUGGACGGCAUGGUGCCCAUAAGCAUCACGAUACAAUGGGCGAGAUAGUACAAGGUGAAGGCGAUGCUGCAUUUGUGAAGUUUAAGUACAACCAUGACACUGACUUUGUUGAUAAUCAAUUCAAGGAAGUGAAUCCACAUCCUGAAAAUAAAGGUGCAUUUAAAACUGACCAGGAUGGAAACUCUGUGAAACGAGAUCUUAAAUUUCAUCAUAACUCUCUGUGGUAACCAAAACUAACAAUGUAUCCAAACAAUUGUACUGUGUUCCAAUCCACAUGCACAUGCAGAAGUAUAAUUGUAUAGAUUUUUUUGCUUAACAGCUUAACCCAAAUGCAACUUUCAAAUAUACUUUUAUAUUAUAUGCUGUACUUAAAUAAGAUUCUUUAGUAUUUUUUGUGAGCAUUUUUUUUUUUAUGUAAUAGUCUAUUCACUGCUAACUAUGGUACUACUAACUAUUUUGAGUUCUACAUUUUAACAAGGCUGAUUAUAUUGUUUAAUUAUCUUUUUUUUUGUGAUGUCAUUGAGCUGUUGUAUAAUAUGUUUAUAACUUCAAACAGCAUUCUAAAUAAUUAUAUUUUUAUUUUUGGUAA